AUGUCUUCCGAAAAGGCUCCCGUGCCAAUCGAUCUGGGCAAGGUCCUCGUCGUCGGCGGCAAUGGCUUUCUGGGCCACCACGUCGUCAACCAGCUCCUGGCCGGCGACCGCUGGCAAACCAGCUCCGUCUCCGUGAUCGACCUCCGCUGCGCGAACAAUCGCAACCCCGCCGCCUCCUACCACGAAGCCGACAUCACCGACACGGAAAAGAUCAAGUCCAUCUUCGAGGACGUCAAACCCGACGUCGUCAUCCACACCGCCUCGCCCGCGCCCCAGGCCGACGGCCCCGUCGCCAAGGACCUCUUCCGCCGCGUCAACAUUGAUGGCACCGCCAGCAUCAUCGCCGCCUGCCAGGCCGCCGGCGUCAAGGCCCUGGUCUACACCUCCUCAGCCAGCAUCAUCAGCGACAACACCAGCGACCUGAUCAACGCCGACGAGAGGUGGCCUGUCAUCCGCGGCGAGCAACAGUCGGAGUACUACUCCGAGACCAAGGUACACACCCGCGCGCAAUGCUGCUCCUCCCCUCUCCCUCUGAAGAACUUCUAUCUCGCUGACACAAACACGUCUCUCUCUCUCCAGGCCGCCGCGGAAGAGCUCGUCCUACAGGCAAACCGCCAAGACCCGUACCCCCUCCUCACAGCCGCCAUCCGCCCCGCUGGCAUCUUCGGCGAGGGCGACACCAUGGCCACGCACCAGCUCGUCAAGAUCUACCGCGAGGGCAAGACGGGCCUCCAGCUCGGCGACAACGACAACCUCUUCGACUUCACCUACGUCGGCAACGUGGCCCACGCCCAUAUGCUCGCCGCCCGCAUGCUCCUGGCCACCAUCAAGUCCAGCAUCAUCCCCCUCGAUAACGAAAAGAUUGACGGCGAGGCCUUCCUCGUGACCAACGACAGCCCCAUCUACUUCUGGGACUUUGCGAGGGCCAUCUGGCGCGCCGCCGGGUCGGACAAGGGCACCGACCACGUCUGGAAGAUCCCCCGCGAGAUCGGCGUCGUCCUGGGCUUCUGCUCCGAGGUCUUCUUCAGCAUCAUCGGCAAGCCCCCCAUCUUCAACCGCCAGCGCAACAUCUACAGCUGCAUGACGCGCUACUACAACAUCAGCAAGGCCAAGCGUCUGUUGGGUUACCGCCCCAUCGUCAGCCUGGACUCAGGUAUCAAGAGAGGUGUGCAGUGGUUCCUGGACCAGGAGAAGGCGGGCAAGGUCAGCGUCAAGGCGUGA